AAAAAAUCUUUAGGUCAGAGGUCAGAGGCAUGUUCCUGUAAACGUAUUCAGACGUAAACACAAUAAAGUGGCGUGAAUUAACGAAUAAAAAUGUCUUUUUCAACGAUUCUGAGGACUGUCAGGUUGCCAGUGUAUAGAAGACCACAUUGCCAAUUAUCCUGCUCAUUAUUAGGACAAUACAGUCACGGCAAUACAAGUUUUAGAGCGAAUUCUUGUUUUGUGAAGAAUUCGCCAACAAAUUUUUGCAUGAAUGGGACUGUCUCCAGAUCCAGGUCCAAUUUGAAACUCCGGACGAGAGACCAAAUUUGCACUGCCUCAGACUUACACUUUGCUCAUUUGUCCAAUAGAAAUUUAUUAGUUUCCUCAAUUCAGCAAGUGAGAACGUUCUCUAGCUCAGACUCGAUGUCUAAAAAGGAAGAAAUCACAGUCAAUUUCUUGAAUCGGGAUGGUGAGACAUUCACAGUGAAAGCCAAAGUUGGGGAAACUCUGUUGGAUACUGUGAUUGACAAUGAUGUUGACAUUGAUGGCUUCGGAGCCUGUGAGGGAACGUUAGCCUGUUCUACAUGUCAUCUCAUAUUCGAUGAGGAUAUAUUUGAGACUCUGCCAGAGAAGCUUGAUGAGGAGGAAGAUAUGUUGGACCUGGCCUAUGGACUAGAAGAUACGUCCAGACUUGGGUGUCAGAUUAGUCUUACAAAGGAGAUGGAUAAUAUGGUUGUGAGAGUUCCAGAAGGAAUCAAUGAUGCACGGGAUGUAUGAUAUUCACUGCUUAUCAGGAGUAUAUAUAUAUAUAUAUAAUCUUAAGUAAUCAAUAUAAUUUCUUCCAGAGGGUCAUACUCGGGGAAAAAAUGUCACAAUUCGUGAUCCCAUACAUCUUUCAGCCUGCAACCUCACAAUCUUGCAUGAUUUAUUUUACAUUUUGUUUGAGUGAUACCAAGAUGGAUGGAUGGCUGUGACAUAUUAUUUGCUUUGAACCCAGUGAUGCUUUAUCUUGAAAGUACAUUCGAUUUUGCUAACAUCCAUAACAAAAUCAUUUGUAAUCUGCAUUUAUAUUUGGAUCUGGGAGCUGCUGGUCACUGAAAGUGGAUGCAGUGUGCAUCUUUUUUUUCCAAUAUCUGUUUUGAUUGGUUGUAGGGCUGUGGGCUGAAAGAUGGUUGAGCCACAAUGUGCCGCACUUAACCCAGGUGAGGUAAAUCAUGGGUACCUGGCCGGAGUAUUUUUUGAAGUGCAGUGCACAUAAUGGCUGCUCUGUCAGAGCCAGGGUAAUUAUGCUGCAUUAAUGUAUGGGGUAUAGAGACUCCUUCAAAGUAAGCGUUAAGCCCUAUAUAAGCAAGUAUACCUAUUGUUAUUUUCAUGAUUUGUGACAUUUUUCUAAGGAUGACUGCCAGAAUGGUGAAGUAAUUAUCACUGCUCAUUAUGUAACAUCAUAGACAUGUGACAUUUUUUUUUAAGCUAUGGCCCUUUUGUAUUCAUUUUGUUUUCUAGCAGAUGGUUUAAUUAUCUUAUUGUCACAUACCGUCAUGGCUAAACCCAUUUGGCAUACUAUCAGUAUACAAAUAGCAAAUAAGCAUGAGUGCGAUGGUGUGGGACUUCGCAUGAGGUGAAAGAAAGAUGCCCUAUUCAACGAGGUGUUAGCCGAGUCAUCUCUUUUUUUCACCUCAUACGAAAUCUUGCAUCAUUGCAUGAAUAGGAAUAUUCGCUAUUAGUGUUGUGCAACGCCUCGGAAUCUAGCAAAAAUAUGAAAAACAAGAGUUUUUCCAUGUAGUAAUCUAUGAAAAGGGACCAUGAUCAUUAGAUGAACUUGUUAAAGGCAAUUCUGCGUAUUGUGUAACUGCUUAAGAUGUACACGUAGCUUUAUUUUUGUCAUAAUUUUAGCUACAUUUUAUAGAUAUAUUGGGGUUAUUAUUUUACAUGUAUUUUGUAUAUAGGAAUAAAUCUGCUAUCCCAAGCAUCAAAUUUGGGGAAAUUGCUUCCAAUCUUAAAGCUUGGAAAUAUCGGAUGAUGAUAUCCAUGUUAUGAUAGUGUUAUUUGUAAAAAUGACAUGAUUUUUUUUGUAUUGCAGUAAUACAAUGCACCAAUAUUCAUAAAUGAUCAUGACGUUACAUGUGAUUGUCGGGGGGGGGGGGGGAGGGGAAGAUGUAAUUCGUUAUUGAAAAGACUCAUUUCUGCCUGCCUGAAGUUUGAUUGGAAUUGCCCUGUGUUGGACUCUAGUUCAUAGCUACCUCAGAUCUUCAGGAUAAUAAUAUUCAAUAAUAAUAGUACAUAUUUUUAUUUGAAAUCCUAGCCCAGCAGGAAUGCAGAAGGUUUUGUUGGUAUACAGAGCAUCAGAAAUUUAGCCAGUUAACAUGAGGGCACUGUGGUCUUUAAAUUCAAGCCAUUGCAUGUUUUCCUUCAGCAAGAAAUUUACCCACGUUGAGCUGCACUCAACCCAGGUGAGGUGAAUGGGAAUAAUAAUAACAAUGCAGCUCGGAAUAGAUUAUUUAUAGAUAGAUGGUGCUAUUUAAUUCCUAUUAUUAAUAUGCUUUUUGUUAGAUCAAUUUAUAAUCACACAGAUUGACAACUAUUACCAAAAGGGGAAAAAAUCAUAUUUAAAGGAUAUAAGAAAGUGCUCUGUAUAUUCAUUCAUAUAAUGAUAAAAUAUCAGGGCUAAAUUAAACCCAAGGCCACCCAAGUCCAUGUCCUUUGAUGUCGUCAGAAAUGGAAUUGAUGCCCCUCUGAUUAUAAGCAGACUGAGGGCCAAAAUAAGAGCCCCCUUUUGCCCGUGGCCUUGGUGCCCCCCUUGCGGUGAUCAAGACAGUGCAUGUGUCCCAUUGAAAAGUAUAAUUUACUAUUGAUGCCCUUUUUUUUAAAAGAUGUUUAAAGUGAGCACCACCUUUCCUUUAAAAAUGGCCUUGACCCUAGUUAUUCUUACUUGGAGCCAUGAAAUAUUAUUUUCUUCAGUAUGCAUACUGUUUCAUACAUGGUUCAUUGUCUUUUGGCUUUUAUCAACAAUUCAACAAUUGCUUUAGACAUGUAAUGCGCUAAAUUUGCGUAAUGUUUGUUAAAAAUUUCCAAUGGUAUGAAAAGAUCAGGACUAUGUAAACACAAUGAAUGAAUUAAAAAAGAACAGUAAAUUCUUA